AUGCAGGACGAUGGAAACCUUGCGGCCUACCCUGUAGACAUCUCGCGUCUACCAUAUGACAUUUUCUGGUCUUCUGGAACAAACAACAGCGGUACCGAUGUAAUGCUGACUCUUAAUCGUUCAGGCGUUCUUUUCCUACACGGAGGUCAUUUGGGCGUACGCAUUUUGGCAAGUAGCCACUAUCCUGACAAGAAAAAUGGAACUAUUAUCCACCGUGCAACACUUGAUGCGGAUGGGAUCUUUAGAUUGUAUUCACACCACUUUGAGAGCGAUAAUAGCUCAAGUAUGUUGGUGGAAUGGUCGUCGUUGGCUAACCACUGUGAAGUCGGCGGCUUCUGUGGAUGGAGUAGUUACUGCUCAGGAGUGGGCAACAAAGCACAAUGCAACUGUUUUCCUGGAUUUGAUUUCGUCAACCCCAGCAAUAAGUUCCUCGGCUGCUACAGGAACUUCAAUGACAAUGGUUGCAGACGUCGUGAACAUCCAGCGAUGCUGUACCGCAUCGUUUCUUUGGAAAACAUAUUGUGGGGUGAUUAUCCUUACUCAUCGGAACAAAUGAAGAAGGAAGAUUGCGGCAUAUCUUGCUUGGAAGAUUGUAAUUGCGGAGCCGUAUUAUAUAAGAGUGGUGGUUGCUACAAAUAUAAACUUCCACUUAGAUAUAGUAGAGCAAGUAAAAACAUAUCAGCUAUGGCUUUCUUCAAGGUGAUUAAGGAAAAUAUCAAAGCCCCUCCAAUCCCCUUACCUCCAGAAAUCUUUGGUCCAAAGAUCGAAAGGAAAAGAGGUCUGAUUUUGAUUCUUGCCAUAACCUUGGGUUCUAUUUCAUGCCUUUGUUUCAUGUUUGCCAUCUAUACUCUGUUUAGAUACAGACAUCAAGUUUACAGGUAUAGAAGUCUGUCAGAAAAUACAAAUUUGGGAUUGAUUGAAGAGUUUACUUUGCGAUCAUUUUCUUAUAAUGAGCUUGAGCAAGCAACAGAUGGCUUCAAGGAAGAGUUAGGUAAGGGCACUUUUGGAGUUGUUUACAAAGGAACUAUACCUGGAGGUAACAAAACUAUUGCUGUUAAAAGACUAGAGAAAUUCGUGGAAGAAGGGCAAAGGGCAUUUCGAGCUGAAAUUACAGCAAUUGCAAGAACUCAUCACAGAAACUUGGUUCGAUUGCUUGGAUUUUGUAUGGAGGGCUCUAGAAAGCUUCUUGUUUAUGAAUACAUGAGCAAUGGCUCACUUGCAGAUCUACUCUUCAAGGCUAAGAUGCGCCCCAUUUGGAAAGAAAGAGUAAGAAUUGCACGGGAUGUGGCCAGAGGGAUUCUCUAUCUACACGAUGAGUGUGAAGUCCAUGUCAUCCACUCCAACAUAAAGCCCCAAAACAUACUUAUGGAUGAUACAUGGACUGCAAAGAUCUCUGAUUUUGGGUUGGCAAAGCUAUUACUGCCAAAUCAAUCAAAAACAGCUGUGGAGGCCGAGCGGACAGCUGGGUACAUCUACUUGGCACCUGAGUGGAAAAUGAACGCCUUGAUAUCAGUAAAAGCAGACAUAUACAGUUUUGGUAUUGUGCUUUUGGAGAUUGUAUGUUGCAGAAGCAGUAUAACGGUAAAUGUUACAACGACAGAUGAGAUAAUUCUUUCUAGUUGGGUUUAUGACUGCUUUAUGGCUGGAGAAUUGGAGAAGCUUGUUGAAGAUGAAAACAUGGACUUCAUGACUUUGGAAAGAAUGGUAAAAGUAGGGUUAUGGUGCAUCCAAGAAGAUCCAGCUUUGCGUCCUUUAAUGAAAAAUGUAAUCUUGAUGUUGGAAGGGACAAUGGAUGUUCCCGUCCCUCCAUCUCCAGUUGGUUCCCUUGUUGUUUCAUAA